AUGGUCCCUCUCUGUCCUUGCGUCCCCCUUCGAGCCCGGGUCUGCGGGGACCGAGAGAGAGGUGCAGCGAUGGCAUCCCGCCGUGUCCGAGGGCUCAUUGUCAUUCGUCGCGACCAGUAUGACGUUCGUGAGACUGCUUGUCUGCGCCAGUUUCGGGUUCGUUUGCCUCUCCGUCUCCGAGGCCUUGAAAUGUCGGACGGAGCUGAACGACAGACAGAACGAGGGGUUCUUCGACAUCGCGCGGGCGUGCGCCCAGAACAGCGGCACCACCUCGGGGUCGGACGGAGGGGGCGGGGGUGGGGGGGUAUGGGCGGAGGGGGUAGGCCUUGGUCGCAGAACACGCAAGAUUCGGGCCGAGGCGGCGGAAACGGAGGCGGCCGUCACCAGAGCAAUCAGUACGGAAAUCAGAACAACGAUAGAUACUGCUCCUCCGGGUACCAGAACUCGGACCGGGAUCGGCCACGGUUCAGCAGCAGCGGGAGCGGCGGAGGCGGCGGCGGCGGGAACGACGACGACUUCUACACGAAGACGCAGUCGGAGCAGCGGUUCCGCGGCGACGGUGGAGGUGGCGGGCGGACGCGCCCCGGGCAGUACCGCGUCAAGGUCCAGUACGGCUCCGGCCAGGGGGGCGGCCCCGACUCCAGGGCCUACCCCCUCGGCCGCAAACGCCGCGCCACCAAGAUCAUCUCCAACAACGCCAAAAACGCCACCGGCCGCAACCCCACUUCUUCCGAGACCGGCAAAACCUCCCUCCUGGAGGAACUCGAUGCGUGCGUGGUGCAGUGCAUAUUUCGGCAAAUGGAGAUGCUAACAGAAGAUGCUCGACCGGACAAGAACUCGGUGAUCAGCGUGAUGACGCAAAGAAUCCGGGAUCCAGAACUCAAAGAGUUCAUCCAGGAAUCCAUCGAAGAGUGUUUUGACAUCAUCGAAUCAGAUGCAGAGGGUGGAAAGUGCGAAUAUUCUAAAAAUUUUGCCAUGUGCUUGGAGGAAAAAGGGAGAAGGAACUGUGAGGAUUGGGAGGAAGCAGCGCAGAUCAACCGCUUCAAAGGAAUACAAAGUGGAAUGAGUCCCCCGGACACUACCAAUAAUUACAACCCACCCAACUUCAACAACUUCAACUCCAACAAUCAAGGAAACCGACCAAACGCUUUCUACAACUAUAAUGGCAAAUGAACUUACACGUGGACUCCUUAUGGACUGCGAAAAGGCAUCAAACUAGGAAACUGCCGAAAUAAAGCUGACGUUCUAUCUGACGCAAUACUCUGCAAAGGAUAGGUCGCGCAUUGCCGAUAAUCAAAUUCGUCGGGAAAGGGAAGAAAACAUUCCUUACAGAAUUUUAUGACGAAAUAUCGAAGUGUAUGAAUUCAAUUUUUCUUAAAAUUCAAAGGAAGUCAAGUACAUGAGCUUAUACUAACAUGCGAGUGAACGUAAGUACCUCAUUUAGGCUUUUACUCAUGGUCACACUCGCUAAUUUUUGUCUACUUUUCUAGUUUAUUAAAUCUUUAUUGAUAAUUAAAAUACGAGGCAAAGCUGCAGCCAGAAGUACGACAUCAAUAAUUAACUUUGUAGCUAACAUUGUCCACUUCAUUUACCAUAUCAACCACGAAAUUUAGUUCACAGCAUGGGAAUCUUUAGAUAGAGCAUCAAUUUACGUUAAAAUUCUUAUUGAUAAUAUUUAUUUUUUCUAUUGGUUACUUAUUUAAAUAUUUAUUUUUUAAUUAAGUGAUUUAUUUAUUAUUGGUUAAUAAAACAUACAUUCUG